CCCUGGUGUAACCCACGAGGUUAUGCUGACGAGCAACAAUGCACGACGCGAGCGCCAUCACCACCCACACUUUUGCGCCCUUCUGCUGCGAAUGACGACGCGACACGGGGCUUCGGCUCGAGCGACUUGCUUCUCGUCCUCGCGACAUGAUUGUCGCUCUUAUAACGCCUUGAGCUGCGGACUGAUAGUCGCGCUCCAUACCACGUAGACAACCGCGACAAUGGCAGCGCUGCCUGCCUCUCGCGCUGUCGUUCUGCCAGAUAUCUCAGCUGGCGAUGGGCACGCGAACAGUGUCCAGACUCCGCCCUCGCGCCGCUCCUCGUCCAGCGUCGCAACUCCGACGACAUCCCCUGCUCUUGCAGUCACCCGCCAGCUCGCCUCGCCUGAAGCGACCGCAUCUCUGUCGGGCGAACCGUCCAGCACUCCUCAUAGCAUGGGCAGGUCCACGGUCAUCACAACUGCCGCACGUAUCGCCUCUCCCGCCACUUUCCUUAACUCGGAUGCUCGUCUAUACCCACGCGAUGGCCGAGUUCGCGAUCCAGUUCCAAGCAAGCUCAAGGGCGUCUCUGGGGAUCUCAGCGGCAACUUCUCCGUGAUGCACAUGGACGUCAACAGUCACCCCAAGAGCAAGGGACGUGACGCUGCAGCCAAACGGACGAGCGAAGGCACGGCCUUGCAGGCCAAGCUUGCUUCAACAUCUUCCUAUGUUUCCCACCACCGCCGAGCCAAUUAUCCCAAGCCCACGGGGCUCAAGCAGUAUGCCAGCUCAACCCCGUCACAGGUUCAGCAGCUACCUGCAGCAGCAGCACAUCCGAUUAUCCCAGCCCCGACUGCCUGGCUGCCGAGCAGCGACCAAGAACUGAUAAUGCUACCCCUAACGCCACGAGAAGUCAAAUCCGAACAGGCUCGGUUACUCACAUUGCUUCGUACCCUGCCACCAGCUACCGUUGUUGACCAACUCUCGGUGAAGCAAAUGGUCCGGGAUCACUUUUUGUAG